GAGUUGCUCAGCAUCGCAGCAUGCGUAAACUCCGCUCCUCUCGCGGAGGAUCUGUUGUUUGAAGUUUGCAAGCUCACAUAAAUGACCGUGCAAAACGCGCGUCUCUCUCAUUUCGUUUACAGAUGACCGUCGCGGCAGCAAUGGCAGGGUCAAACAUGGUGUUUUCCGAUGUUGAAAGUUUUCUAGACGAGCACCCGGAAUUAUUACAGGACUAUCUGAACAGAAAAGCCAAGGCAAGUAUGGUGGAAAAGUGGAUGAAGAACCAUCACGCCACUAAAACUCCGGCGAACUCCAGCGCGGAAGUGGAGAAAGCGGCGAACGCGUGCGGCAAAGACAGCUGGGCGAGCAGAAGCGACGGGCUGCAGAGACGAGCGUCGCAGAAAGAGCUGAGAAAAACCUUCGCCAGGUCCAAAGCCAUCAACGCCAACAGGACUUACGACGAACAUGUUAACUCCAGAGCCCAGGAGCCGCUGACCAGCAUGAGGAGACGCGCGCUGCUGCGUAAAGCCAGCUCUCUGCCGCCAACCACCGCGCACAUCCUCUCCGCGCUGCUGGAGUCCCGGGUCAACAUCCCUCAGUACCCCUCCACCGCCGUAGACUACAAAUACUACCUGAAGGAGCACAACGAGAGGGAGUUCUUCCUGGAGCUCGUCAAAGACAUCUCCAACGACCUGGAUUUGACCAGUCUCAGCUACAAGAUCCUGGUGUUUGUGUGCAUCAUGGUGGAUGCUGACCGCUGCUCCCUGUUCCUGGUGGAGGGACCGGCCAGUAAAAAGACUCUGGUGUCCAAGUUCUUUGACGUUCAUGCUGGAACCACAGUGUUGCCCUCUCUCAGUAACUCGGAUGAGGUGCAGGUGCCCUGGGGAAAGGGCAUCAUUGGAUAUGUGGCUGAACAUGGGGAAACUGUCAGCAUUCCCGAUGCAUAUCAGGACCAUCGUUUCAGUGAUGAGAUUGAUAAACUCACCGGAUAUAAAACCAAGUCUCUGCUGUGCAUGCCCAUCCACAACAGUGAUGGAGAGGUCAUCGGGGUCACACAGGCCAUCAACAAGAGUCCCAAUGGAGCACUCUUCACCGACGAUGAUGAAAAGGUGUUGCAGAUGUACCUGCCGUUCUGUGGCAUCGCCAUCUCAAACGCCCAGCUCUUUGCUGCCUCCAGGAAAGAGUACGACAGGAGCAGGGCUCUUCUGGAGGUUGUGAACGAUUUGUUCGAGGAGCAGACCGAUUUGGAGAAGAUCGUGAGGAAGAUCAUGCAUCGAGCUCAGACGCUGCUGAAGUGUGAACGCUGCUCCGUCCAGCUGCUGGAGGACAUCGAAUCUCCGGUGGUGAAGUUCACCAAGUCCUUUGAGCUUCUGUCACCCAAGUGCAGCGCUGACAUGGAGAACAGUUUCAAGGACAGCAUGGAAAAAUCGUCCUAUUCUGACUGGCUGAUUAAUAACAGCAUUGCAGAGCUGGUCGCCUCCACUGGGCUUCCUGUGAAUAUCAGCGAUGCCUACCAAGACCCACGCUUCGACGCUGAAGCAGCAAACAUCCCUCUGGUGUGUGAACUGGGCAUUGAUAAACUAUCGUUUGACGACUUCUCUCUGGAUGUGGAUGCCAUGGUCACUGCAGCUCUGCGGAUGUUUAUGGAGCUGCUGGCAGCAAACAUCCCUCUGGUGUGUGAACUGGGCAUUGAUAAACUAUCGUUUGACGACUUCUCUCUGGAUGUGGAUGCCAUGGUCACUGCAGCUCUGCGGAUGUUUAUGGAGCUGGGAAUGGUGCAGAAAUUCAAGAUAGACUAUGAGGCAGCAAACAUCCCUCUGGUGUGUGAACUGGGCAUUGAUAAACUAUCGUUUGACGACUUCUCUCUGGAUGUGGAUGCCAUGGUCACUGCAGCUCUUCGGAUGUUUAUGGAGCUGGGAAUGGUGCAGAAAUUCAAGAUAGACUAUGAGGUUCACAUGAACAGGAAUUCCUUCUUUGAGCUGGUGAAUAAAGGAGAAUACAACUGGAACGUGAAGGAACACAGAGACAUGUGCAGGUCGAUGUUGAUGACAGCGUGUGAUCUGGGUGCUGUCACGAAACCCUGGGAGAUAUCACGCAAGGUUGCAGAGCUGGUGACUAGUGAGUUUUUCGAGCAGGGAGACCGAGAGCGAUCAGAACUGAAACUGACUCCCUCGGCAAUUUUUGACCGAAACCGCAAAGAUGAGCUGCCAGGUCUACAGCUGGAGUGGAUUGAUGGAAUCUGUGCGCCGCUGUACGAGACAUUUGCCAAAUUAAACCCCAAACUACAGCCAAUGGUUGACUUGAUCAAGGCCAAUCGUGCCAAAUGGGAAGAGCUUCACCACAGACACCAGCGCAGCCAGGAAACCAGCAGCCCUGGCAGUCCACGUAACGCAGACGCCACGGCCUGCGUCCCUUUUCCUUCCGUCAGCUAACUCUGGAGAGACAAACCUGCCAGAUUUUGCCACAUGCUUCUCUCUGACCCGCAGCAAUGCAGACGGAAGGAGUUUUGACCUCUGCUGCACGCUUCAGACCAGCAGCCAUUACCUCACUAGCGCCCUUUAUCGGGCAUUUGCUCUGUCGGCGAGCACUUCAGGCAACCGCGACCGAGUCUGCGUU